AUGAUUAAGAAGGAAGAGCCAGUAAUGGUGAAGAAUCCUGAUGACUUUCCCGUUUACUGGUUCGAGACCUCAGAUUCCGUCUCUCGCCGUUUUCAGUUCGAAUCCGACGGCCACCUCUCUAUGAAAGUUGUUGACGACGCAAGGCCUGUUCCUCAGAAGAUGGUUGAAUCUUUCCUUAAUAAGUUCUUCCCUUUUGGAUAUCCAUACAGUGUCAACGAAGGAUAUCUUAGGUACACACAGUUUCGAGCACUUCAGCAUCUCUCUAGUGCAGCAUUGUCCGUGUUAUCGACUCAGUCACUGCUAUUUGCUGCAGGCUUACGGCCUACACCGGCUCAAGCAACCGUUGUUAGCUGGAUUUUGAAGGAUGGGAUGCAGCAUGCGGGAAAGCUGAUUUGUAGCAAUUUGGGUGCAAGAAUGGACUCUGAGCCGAAACUGUGGAGGAUUCUGGCUGACGUGCUCUACGAUUUUGGUACUGGCCUAGAACUCGUUUCUCCUUUGUGCCCACAUCUGUUUCUUGAAAUGGCUGGUCUUGGGAAUUUCGCUAAGGGAAUGGCUGUGGUUGCAGCAAGGGCUACAAGAUUACCAAUUUAUUCAUCUUUCGCCAAAGAAGGAAAUCUCAGUGACAUUUUUGCCAAAGGAGAAGCUAUCUCUACUCUCUUUAACGUUGCCGGGAUUGGGGUCGGGAUUCAACUGGCUUCCACAGUAUGUUCAUCAAUGGAGGGAAAGUUGGUGGCUGGUUCGAUUCUUUCAGCUGUACAUCUGUAUAGUGUCGUAGAGCAGAUGCGAGGGGUACCGAUCAACACACUGAAUCCACAGAGAACCGCUUUGAUCGUGUCUAAUUUUCUCAAGACUGGUAAAGUCCCAAGCCCUCCUGAUCUAAGAUUCCAAGAAGACCUACUGUUCCCCGAGAGACCAGUCCAAGACGCAGGAAACGUGAAAGUGGGAAGGGCUCUGCAUAAAGCUGUGAAGCCUUCUCAGGUGCAGAAACUAAAAGAAGUGUUUGUAGAAGAGAAGUUUCUGUUGAGCCAAGGCAAAUCAUGGACCGAUAUGGUCUUAGAGCACGAUGCUACUGGUGAAGAUGCACUGCGAGGGUGGUUAGUUGCAGCGUAUGCCAAGUCAAUGAGAAAGAGUUACAAUGACCCUGAUGAUAUAAUAUUGCAAGACGCAUAUGACAAAAUGAACGAUGUCUUCAAUCCAUUUUUAUCUCAAGUGCAGGCUAAAGGAUGGUAUACGGAUAGAUUUCUCGAUGGCACAGGAACGAGAUUCGCUUGGUAA